AUGUUGACUCCUUUAUCUCCUCCGCUUUACCGUACAUCGUUUGGUCGUCGAGUCUCGACAAUAAGUUCAAUAUAUAUUGUGCUACAAGAGUUAUCCACGACGAUUAUCGUUCACACAAAGUCUGUUGAUCAAACCUCGCUCACAGCUGGGCCUUGGGUCGACCCGCUACUAACUUUUUAUGUACCCUACCCUGUCCUCUCUCUGCCUUCCGUGUCCGAGGGUUCUCCGUUUCGGUUUUCGACAAGGAUACGCUUCACUCAUAUUAAACUCAUACUAAUAAUUAUCCCCAGUCUUCAAGCCUCCCAGCAUCUCGGCGCAGCGGGGUUGGUUAUUUCUACUAACCAUGAUCACUGUGGCGAUAAAGUGACUGAUGAUCAUGGCGUCGGUACAAAAGAACUAGAACAGCGCGAACCGUCAGCGCUUCAGCAGUACGCCCACCAAAAUUACACACCAGCUCCUCUGCUAGGUCUCAGCAUAGCACCACUGGUGGCCUGGCCGAUAUCCAUGUCUCCUGCCCUACUGUCGGCCCGCGUAAUCACUCCCAACGACGUUCAGCCGAUAUAUGGUCCAUUUACCGACCCAGAUACUGCUGCCGGCGCCCAGGCCGUCAAUAGUAGUUCAGUGGCAGCACUGGCGUUUCUUGUCUGGGAUAUUCUCAUUACCACUGAUGACGAAAUUAAACUUAUCUGGUUACGGACGUGGUCCUACACAAAAUGCGUGUACUUCAUAGUCAGGUACCUACCUGUGCUUGUUCAAAUAUCCAUCCUUUUCAUCGGAACAGAGUUGACACCUUAUUUCCACUUCACUCCUCACGAUUGUUUUAUCUGGCAAGUCUAUCAAGGCGUUGCCGCCUCCACGAUCGUCACGGCUGUCGACACGAUACUCAUCUUGCGAGUCCAUGCCCUUUAUCAUGGUCACUUCACCAUCCGCCGCGUCGUCAUCGCGCUCUUCGUCAUCGAAAUUAUCGGAAUAAUCGUCGGUCUUUCCCUUGCAUUGCCAGGCAUCACGUACGACCACGUUUGCCUCGUUAUGGGAGUGCCUCCGACUUUGAUCAUCUACGGAGGAGCGACAAUAAUCUUCCAGACUUCCCUCUUCGUCCUCACAGUCUACAAGUUCGUCCAAGCUCUCCGGUCAGGCUGGGGCGACGUGCCUCUUAUCCAAUUGCUCAUACGCGAUGGGACGUGGGCUUUUUUCCUUCUUUUCAUUGUAUACGCUGGCCAGAUCGGACUGUACGCACUUCAGAAUCAUGCCUACGCGGGUGUUUUGUACGGCUGGCUCAUCACGUUCUUCUCGUUCUGCGGCUACCGCAUCCUUCUAAACCUCAACCGCCUCGCUGAGUCCAGCCAACCCAACAGCCGAACUACAGACCCCGCCCGAUGCACUGACACGAACCUGGAAAUUAGGUUCACGACACGCCCCUUACAAUCAGGGUGGAACACCUCUGACCCCGAAUCAUACGAGCUCUCUCCUCGCCAACUGUCUAAAUCAGCCGAGGGAUCGCGCUCUGGUGGGCGGACGUUUGAUACGUCGCAGAUAUCUACGCUGUCUCUUGGGAGAUGA